AUGUUUAUACUUUGGUUUCAACAGCUUGUACAAGUUUUGGUACAUGAAUAUGGUCUGCCUAUGGAUGCUGCCUCGGACAGUGCGUCUGCUUUUCUACAAGCAUUCAGAGCAAAACCAGACGAUGAAUCCUACGCAAUAGACGAAUGGCCCACGCACUUAUGGCGUAACUGUCUGCCUAAAAACUAUAGGCAUAUUGCCAAAAAUAUAUCAGCACAAUGGUUAACAUUAAGGUUUCAAUAUUUAGCACUGACGCCAGAUGUGAUACAUCUUUUAGAAACACUGAGGGAGGAUUAUCUUCUCGGUUUGAUCACGAACGGGCCUUCGAGAGCUCAAUGGGAGAAGAUCCAACGGCUGGAUCUCGAGAAGUAUUUCGACUGCGUGCUGGUCUCCGGGGAUCAUCCCUGGGAGAAACCAGAUCAGAACAUCUUCUUAGAAGCCUGCAAGUUACUCAACGUUGAAGCCCGGACUUGCAUCAUGGUUGGGGACAAGCUCGAAACUGAUAUUAAGGGUGGUAAGGACGCUGAAUUAGGAGGAACAGUAUGGAUUCCUCUACAGUAUGACGAAAUGGUAUCAGAUCUGCCAGAUUUCAAAAUUCAAAAAGUGACAGAGUUACCGGAAGUGCUGCCAAACUCACCAAAGCUAAAGAAGAGGGCUGCAUAA